AAUGGGAAGUUGUUUCAAACGCCCCGAUCUCGUACUGGGGCGUCCAUAAAAAAUGCAGCAGACGACAGCCAAUACCGAUCGAGGCGCCACGCAGCGUCGGUUCUUCUCACAACGUACGCAUCUCGUCCCCGGAUGUAUGACGUCAUUGAAAAAGCUGUCGCCAUCAUUGAUCCUGAGUGCCCUUUAAAGCCUUAAUUUUAAUCAACCUCGGGCUCGGCAACAUGUCUCAGCCAGGAACUGCGGGAUGCCAGCCGGGGGCCGACCAGGAGGGUGCACCCAGGCCCCCAAACCCCCAGCGCCAGGCCGCCUCCAAGCGGAUACAGCAAACACAGGCACAAGUGGACGAGGUCGUGGAUAUCAUGCGCACAAACGUGGAGAAAGCGUUGGAGAGAGAUCAGAAGCUAUCGGAACUGGAUGAUCGUGCAGGCAAGCGGGAAGGAAUGCUGAAGCCGAGGCCUUCUACUACACUGCAGUGAAGUUGCGACCCGGUGUAAGUCGAUCUACGUUGAAACAACGUCCGUUCUCAUUCUGUUCUCGUCUUCACUACCCCAACUUCUGUCCGCACCCUCGCCGUGUUUGCGAAGGAACAGGUUCGAUGCAUCAUUUGAUGUAGUGGACCUGUGUCUAUCGCAGAUGAAAACACAAAGGAUAUAAACAUGUACAAGCAAAGGCAAUGUAAUAUCGAGCGUGCAAUGUAUCGUAGGUCUGUUUACCAAGGUGGUUGCAUACAGCGCAUGUUUUGUUGUUAAUCAAUCAUCCGCGCAGAGGCAGUCUAUUAUAAACGGAGUUCAUGGCUUAUGUUGGAAGUCAGUCGUAUCAUUAAAGACAUUGCGGUCGCAUAUAUCGUUCAAUAAGUACUAGCAGUGAAGCCAGUCAACUUUCUUCUACCGACGUCUCUACUUUCCCUGUAAACAAACGCGCUUGCUACGCUCCGCCUGUAAAGCGUGCUCCUUCGCAGCUGAACCCUGCUUGCGGCAAAGCCCACUUUCAUAAACGCAUCGCAUUUCUAAAUGCAAUGGAAAGCAACCUGCUCUGUGAAUAUCGUCGUGUAAAUAUGUAUUUAUGCAGCCUUCUUUCCCGACUAGGUUUAGGCGCGAUAUUAUAUUUGUUUGUACUGCGUUCUUACUUAAGAUGCAACUACUGCUGAGUACGUCCUCCUGAUAUUUCGUUGCUUGGUUCUGUGUGUAUUUUUAAAUAAUUUGAUUGUUAAAUAUCUGUUCGUUUGACGUUUGCCGAACAUUUCGCUGAUAACAGAUACUGGGGACUGUGCAUUUGGCACAGCUUCAAAUCUAGUCGUUGCAGUUCCAUGCAUAUCAAACAUGCCUGCGUACUUUUUUUUUUAAUGUAGUGGCGUUCGCGCAGCUCUCCGCGACGGCUCAAUGAUGUGCAGAUGAAACUCAGUUAUCCAUAUCUUACGCCUUUGCUUUAAUGCAGGAUUUGCAAACUGUAAACUGCAAAGUGCAUUUUCUUACCUGGUGUAUACAAUGCACCGCGCAUACGUCACUUACACAGCCUGAUUACAGUGCACUGUCCACAUAAUCAAGCCUGCCGGCGGCAUUCUUUAGUUCGCAGACGCGCAGACUGUCUCCAGUUGCUGCACUCAUCGUAUUAUUUGAUUCGGCUUUAUGUAAAGGAGUAAAUAAGAAAAAGUGGCGACUGAGCGUUAAAAAAUAAAGUCACGUUGUCUUCAAAGAAACUCCGCUGGUCUCCGCCGUUCAGGGGUCGAUUCCAGUCGCUUCUAUAUAACCAACAUUAUGAAACGCGGCGCGCAAAGAAGAAAAGAAAACAUGUAAAGAAGGCGACAGGACAGAGCGUUACUCUCGACUAACGUUCUUCUUAGAGCGCUAACACUCUGUACUAACGCUUUGUUACCACCGUUUUUUUUCUUUUUUUAGCUAUCUUUAGUCAUGCCACUACCCUAAACUAUCCCAGUACUGCAUCUUCCUCAAUUGGCGAAAUAUCUUAGUACGGGCAAACCGCGUGCAAUAUGUCUGCCAGGAGGCAGACACCUGACGACUUCCUCUUGAAAUGCUCACCAUUGUAUUCUUCUUUUUCU